AUGGCCGUCGGCCUCGAUACGUGUUGGUUGAAGAUGUACGAAAGUCGCUGGAGGACAAGUCUUGAGGCAGAAUCCGUCCAUUUCAUUGGAAGUCUAAAAACUCAUCCGUGCAAUGGAGAAGACACCAACACAUAUAACCCUGGAGGAGCUCUGAGUGAGAAAGAUCCUGAGUGUUUAUACAUGGAAGACACCAACACACUUCAGCCACACCCUAUCCCUGCCACAACGAAUGUUAGAGAGGUCCCUACAUCAGCUAUUGAGCUUACCAAAGAACCUACAAUAGCUUCCCCUUCCAAGGAGCGAAUAUAUGUGCCUCAAGUUCCUUUUCCACAAAGACUACAGAAGCACAAGAGAGAUCAACAAACAACGGAUAUUCUGGAAUUAUUUAGAAAGGUUCAAAUAAAUAUUCCAUUGUUGGAUGCAGUGAAGCAAAUCCCAACUUAUGCUAAAUUCCUCAAGGAUCUUUGCACAAACAAGCGAAAGUUUGCUACACAUGAGAAAGUGAUGUUGUUCGAGGAAUGCAGUGCAGUUCUCCUUAAGAAAUUGCCACCAAAACUUAAGGAUCCAAGGAGUUUUACAAUUUCUUGCAUUAUUGGAAAUUUACAUAUUGAAAAGGCUUUAAUUGAUUUGGGUGCAAAUAUACUCAUCAAAGUGGAUCAAUUUGUUCUUCUAGCAAAUUUUAUCAUCCUUGACAUGGAGGAAGAUAGAGAAGUUUCCAUCAUUAUGGGACAUCCUUUUAUGGCUACUGCUGGUACCAUAAUUGAUGUGAAGAAAGGUUUAUUGUCCAUGAUUGUGCAAGGCCAAACUGUUGAGUUCAAGGUGUUUGAGGCCAUUAAGAAGCCCGUGGAGAUGGACGAGU